UUUCUUUAGAUAUAAGUAAUGAUUUCAUAAAAAUGUUAUCAAUUAAUGAUGUGCGUACAGCUCAUUCUGAAGGACCAACAUUUGCAGCAUACGACUCUCUUAAUUGUUCUAUUGUAACAGCUGGUAGCGAUGGGGAUAUUCGGAUAUACCCUGGAUUGUACGAUGAAGAAAGUGCUUCUGUUAGUCUUGGGCUAAAAAUUACAUGUCUUGCUGUUCAGAGUGAUAUUAUUGUCAUAGCAACAGAUUUUCAUGAAGUAAAAUGUUAUAAACUACCUGAGCUUGAAGUAUUACAUAAUAUUCUUUUGCGUUUUACAUCGCCAAUAAAUUAUGUGUGUAUAUCAAAAAAUAAAGAAAUUUGUGCAGCAGCCUCUAGUGACUUUACAAUCAAAGCAGCUAAUACAGAUGGUACUUCUCAAAAAACAUUUUCUGGCCAUUCAGCUCCAGUUUUAAGCCUAUGUUUUACUAAUAAUUUUGAAAGUUUAAUUUCAAAUAGCUGUGAUGGCACAAUUCGUUUAUGGAAUGUUCUUGAUCAGAUGUGUACAAAAGUGAUUGACAUUCUCCCUAAAUCAAACAGUGCUUCUCAAUAUCUUGGAGUUAUGGCAAUUUAUGACAAGACUCUUGCUGUUCCUAUUGGAAACAAUAUAAAGCUUAUUUCUACUCAAACAUGGAAGGAUGACAAUUUAAUAUUAAAGCAACAUUCAGAGAAAGUUUCAUAUGUUUCUAUUUCUACUUGCGGAAAGUAUUUGGCUUCUGGUUCAAGUAAUGGUGAAUUAUUUACAUGGAACCUUUUAAAUAAGUCUAUAAUAAAACAAUACAUUCAUCCUCAAAAUAAAGGUAUUACAUCUUUAUCAUGGAAAGAAAAAGAAAGCGAAAUACUUUUUGCUAAUGUUGAUGGAGAAUUUGGUUUUGUUGAAGUUUUAGAGAAAAAUGUUGAUAAUGAUGAAGAUGUUCAAAAUGAUCAAUCAUUUAAUGAUGAUAAAUUUGAAGAAGAUUUUUCUUUAAAAAAAGCAAAAAAAAGAAUCAAUGAAAAUGAUAUUGAAUUUGAGGAAGACCUUUUAACGUCUGCUAAAAAACGCCAUCGUGUAAACAACUUAAACAACUUUCUUGAUGAUAACGAUGAUAGUGAUACUGAUGAUGAUGAUCCUAAUAUAUCUUUAAAUUUAAUCAAAGAAGGAUUAUUACCAAAGCCAAACAAAGAACCUAUAGUCAAUGAAAAUGAUGAUUCAAAUUCUAUAGUUCUUCCAAUAACUGAAAAGGAAAAAAAGCCAGUGUUUCAUUUACCUUUUCAACCUUCAUCAACACCUCCUCACUUAAUGCACAGAUUUAUGGUAUGGAACUCCAUUGGCAUAAUACGUUGUCAUUCAGAAGACGAAAUUUCAUCAAUUGAUGUUGAGUUCCAUAAUGCAAGCACUCACUAUCCAUUACAUAUCGCCAAUGUUUUGAAUAACACUAUGGGAACACUUUCAAACACUGUUAUAGUUCUGGCUGCUGAAAAAGAUGGUGAUACACCAAGUAAAGUUACAUGUCAUCACUUUUCUACAUGGGAUAGUAAUAAAGAAUGGAGUCUUUCACUACCCUUGAAUGAAAGCAUUCAGGUCAUUGCUGCAAAUGAGAGUUAUGUGAUUUUAGCUACAACUCAACAAUAUUUGCGUUUUUUUACAAUAAGUGGAAUUCAAACACAAAUUUGUCAUCUUCCUGGAUCUGUUGUUACCAUGGCAGUUCAUGACAAACAACUUCUAAUUGUUUACAAUAGAGCUAUUGGAUAUAGCAGUUACCAUUGUCUUGGCGUACUGUGUAUGCACUUCAUAAAAAACAGCUGGAAAGUUUAUUCAGACAAUCCACUUAAUUUAAGAGAUCAUCUUUCUUUAGUAUGGUUAGGUUUUUCAACUGAAGGAUCUCCAGUGUAUGUAGAUUCAUCAGGAGAUGUGUUUUUGUGGCAGAGACAAAAUUCUUUAUGGGUUCCAGUCACAAACACAAAAAGUCAGGCAAAAAAUAAAGCAGACAAUUUUUGGGUCAUUGGUGUAGAAGAGCAAGAAGGAAAAAUAAGAUGCAUACUUUGUAAAGGUGCAAAUAUUCCCUCGACAUUACCAAGACCAGUUCCCACUUUCAUACCAUUCCAAGUUCCUUUAUGUGAAAUGACAAGUGAAAAAUCAAUAAAAGAAAGUGAGCUAUUAAAGACAUCUCUAAUUCUUUCAAACAUGGAAUGGAACAAUAAAUUGUCAAAUAAUCCAGUUGGUGAUUUUGAAAGUACAGAAAAGCAGCAAGUUGCAUUGUUGAUGCAAUUAUUUGCGUUGGCUUGUAAAUCUGAUAGAGACUUUAGAGCAGUUGAGAUCUGUCAAUUGAUGCCAAAUGUAGAAUCUAUAGGUUUAGCUAUUCAAUAUGCAACCAAGAUGCGGAGAAUGAAUUUAGCGCAAAAACUCGAUGAUCUAGCGCGUGCUCGUGCUUCAAAUAACAAUGAAAUUGAAGUUGAGGAAGAAAAUUUUUUUAGUGAUAAUGAUGGUCUAGGAUUAGAAGAACUUGAUGAAAAUGAUUCCAGUACUGAAUUAGUUGUUGAAAAACCUACACAGUUAGAGCAACAAUCAAGUUAUGAAAAUGAUCCCUGUCUCGAUAUACAAAUGUCAAAUGAACAAGAGUUGUCAAGAGAUUCAAAAAAGAUAUUGAAAAAAAAUAUAAUAGGUGAUGUUCGAGAUAAUCCAUUUAAAGUUGAUAAGUUGAUAGGAACAGCAGUAAGAGGAACUCAUCGAUUUGAGUCAAUCGAAACAAACCCAAAAAGAAAAUCCGAAGAUGAUACUGUAUUAAAAAAACAACCAACCAAUAGCGGCCAGCGUAAGAUAAUUUUGCCAUCCAAAACAAAAGGAGACCUUGCAACUAAAACUAAAGAAAACAUAAAAUCUGAGGAGCUUCCAAAAAAAAAAAUAUCAGGUUUCCAGCGGUUUUUGGAAGAAAGACAAAACGGAAAUCAAAAUGACGAAGAUGUUUUACAGUCUGCAAUGAUAGAUUGGAAAAAACUCUCGGCUGACGAAAAGCAAAAAUGGAAUAACGGUUUUGCGCAGAAAAAAAUAGACGAUCCUAAAAUAAAUGAUAAAGAAAAAGAGAUAAGAGCCAAUCAAAUAAAAAAUGACGGACAAGAAAAAGAGUUUAAAGGACAAUCGAAAGAAAUACACGAAUCUAAAAAGUUAAACACAAAAGAAAACAUAGAAUCAAAAAAAAAUUUAAAGCAGAACGGAAUAGCUAAAAAUAAUCAACCUAAAAAAAUAGUUGAAAAAACAGGUGGAAAACUAGUUAAAAAGACAGAUGAUAAAGUCAAAGCGAAGGCGUUAAUGGAAACAAAAAAUAUCAAACCAAGUACCAGUAGCACAGCAACUCUUAAAUCAUUUGCAUUUAAAAAAAAUGAUACUUGAUUUUUCACUUUUCAUCCACCUUAAAGCGAUCGAAGAAGUAUUAAAUAUGCAAAUAUUUCUUUCAAGAAACAUUUGUUAAGCUUUGAAAUUUUUGUAUUUAUUUAUGGAAAAAAUUAUUAAUUAUAUAUAUAUAUAUAUUU